AUGGAGAGCAAGUUGCCAAAGGAAAAGCCUAAAUCUCUUGCCUUAAGGAGGAACCUGGUGAGACUCCAAUUGGAAUUGAGAAACAUCAUUCAAGGAAUGCAGAGAAAUAACGGGACUUGGGGGUUUCCUAGAUAUGGCAUUGGAGAGGAAGUUGAUGACCAACCAGAAGCGAAUGGUCCUGAGUCUUACAAAGUGUUCAAUUACACAGAUGAAGAACCAGUGACUGAGAUGAAGUCUCCUGCCAGGGGAAGCAAAGCUGAGCUAGUGCCUGAACCACUUUUGACACCGUUUAUCCUCAAUGAGUCUGCUCCAAACUUCAGUGGUGAAGGUUUCUCUAGCAAAGUCUCGGACCUUUCCCAAGCAAAAGGGUAUUGCAUUGAAAUGAUUGAAGAUCUUAUGGAGUUGCAGCAGGCAAACCAAGAAGAAAAUCGGAUGAAUUUUGAAAGUUUCAGUCUCCGCUUGGAUGAGAUAGAGAAGAAGAUUCAACGUGAUGAUGAUUAG